GUAGCCGGGAUCUCUGCGUCUUUCACAAUCCUCAUGCGUGAGGGCUGUGAGCCAAAAAGCAGAGCCGAAAGUGUGGCAACAUUCUCUUUUUUGCCCUUUCUACUGGUUUGCGCACCAUCAGCGGGAGUUCGGUGGGGGAUCGAUCAUCUGGCCGGAAACUCGGCGCAUCCGCCCGCUGUUCUCGCUGUAAGGAGGCAUCUGAAGAGGGGGAGACAACGUGCUGUGAAUACAGAAGAGAGCAACUAUUGACACCUACAGCCCACCAGUCUGCCGUGCGCCUGGAUAAAGCUAAACGGACAUCUGAUCCAGGAUUCGGCUUCACAUCAAGCAGUGAGUCACCCACAAUCUAUAGAUGCGUAUUUUACAGCUGAGUGUCUUCUCCUCAUCUUUUUUUUUUGGCUCCAUCCCGGAGGUGAAAACUGGCUGUCUGCCAUCGGGUCUCCUCGAAGCGCACAGAAAACCAACAGAUCUGCCCAAAUAAUAACAAAACAAGAAAAGAAAUAAAUCAGACCGAGCUCCGUCCGUGGCUCUGAUAUGCUCUAAGUUGUUUUUUUUUAUUUUGGACUGGACCUGUAUCAUGGCUUCGCUGUACCAGAGAUUCACCGGGAAGAUCAAUACCGCCAAUUCCUUCCCGCACCCACCUGAGGCCAGCCAUCUCCUCGGUGGACAGGUCGCAGACGAGGAGAACGCCGUGAAGAGCCCGCAGCAGCAAGCCGUCGACGGCAGGGCUCACGUGCCGUACCGCAAGAAAUGCGUGCGAGAGGAUGAGGAUGACCUUGUGGGCAGCGCUCCACCUCAGAGGAACUGGAAGGGGAUCGCCAUCGCCCUGCUCGUCAUCCUCAUCAUCUGUUCCCUGAUCGUCACCUCCGUCAUCCUGCUGACGCCUCGGGAAGAUGACAGCCUUGCCCUUAAAAAGAAAGUGACGAUCGAGGAUGUUUUCGGUCCGGACCUUCACAUCCAUGACCCCGAGGCCAAGUGGCUCAGCGACAAUGAGCUGCUGUAUCGUACGAGGGACGGGGACGUUGUCAAGAUCAACGUUGACACAAAGGAGAGAACAGUUGUUGUGCCCAACCAGUUGUUUGACAGAUCCAAAGCUGCCAAGUACCAAGUAUCUCCCGACAUGCAACACGUGCUGUUUGCCUUUGACGUGAAACCGAUCUACCAACACUCCUACGUGGCCAAGUACAUUAUUUACAGCCUCGUGACGCAGGAAACUUGGCCUCUGAAUCCUCCUGAGGUGCAUGAGGCCACCCUGCAGUUUGCCGGAUGGGGACCCCGGGGCCAGCAGUUGAUCUUCAUAUUUGAAAACAACAUCUACUACAAAACAACAAUCGAGAGCCGAGCGCUCCGCCUGGUUUCCACCGGUCAGGAGGGAGUCGUCUUCAAUGGCCUCGCUGACUGGCUGUAUGAGGAGGAGAUCCUACAGACCCAUAUCGCCCACUGGUGGUCUCCAGACGGGCUGCGACUGGCCUACAUGACCAUCAACGACUCACUGGUGCCGAAGAUGGAAGUCCCAUUUUUCACAGGAAUGCCGUACCCUGCCAACCUGGAGUAUCACUAUCCAAAGGCCGGGGAAGAAAACCCUGUAGUGCACUUGUCUGUGGUGAGCCUCAACGGACCCCUGCACACGGUGGUGAUGAAGAAACCUGACGACCCUCGAAUAGGGAGGGAAUAUUACAUCACCAUGGUGAAAUGGGCAACCAGCACCAAACUGGCCGUCAACUGGCUGAACAGAGCGCAGAACAACUCGAUCCUGACGCUGUGCGAGGCCACAACUGGAGUCUGCAUUAAGAAACACGAGGAUGAGAGUGAGAGCUGGUUGCACAGACAGAAUGAAGCGCCCCUCUUUUCCCACGGCGGACACAAGUUCUUCUUCACCCGAGCGAUACCUCAGGGUGGGAGAGGAAAGUUUUUCCACAUCUCCAUGUCUACCUCCUUGGUAGGUAAAGCAAAGGCUAACACAAGCACAGACUGGAGCAUCCAGUCCCUGACCUCUGGAGACUGGGACAUCACCAGAAUCUUGGCCUAUAAUCAUGAAAGAAACCUCAUAUACUUUCUGAGCACAGAGGAUGACCCCAAACGACGACACCUUUAUAGCGCUGACACAAUCCCCCCAUUCAACCGCUGCUGCCUGUCUUGUGAGUUCAAGUGUGGCUACGUGGACGUUUCAUUCAGCCACAACAUGCAGUACUUCUUACUCAACUGUAAAGGCCCAGAUAUACCGAGUGUGGCAAUCUACAGCACAGAGGACAAAGAGAAGGUGUUCGACGUGGAGACAAACGCAAGAGUAAACAACACGUACAACAACAUGCAGAUGCCCAAGGUGGAGUACAAGACCCUCACCAUAGACGACUACACCCUGACGAUGCAGAUCCUGAAGCCAGCUGGAUUCGUAGAUACCGCCCACUACCCCUUACUGCUGUUGGUGGACGGUACGCCUGGAGGACAGAUGGUGACGGAGCAGUUCCAAGUGGACUGGGACACAGUUCUGGUCAGCAGCUUCAGCACAAUCGUCAUCCGCUUUGACGGCCACGGCAGCGGCUUUCAGGGCACCAACCUCCUCCACAAAGUGAGGAGGAGGCUGGGGAAGUUAGAGGAGAGGGACCAGCUGGAGGCCCUCAGGUUCAUUUCUAAAGAGCCCUACAUCGAUAAGAACCGAAUUGGAGUUUAUGGAAAGGCGUAUGGAGGAUAUUUAGCCACAAUGCUCUUGAGCUCUGAAGAGUUUACCCAACUCAAAUGUGGAACGGCAGUCUCGCCCAUCACAGAUUUUGAGCUUUAUGCAUCUGCAUUUUCUGAAAGAUACCUCGGCUUAAAGACAGAUUCUCGAGUAUACACGAUGGCAAAUUUAGCACACAGAGCGGGUCAGCUGAUGGAAAAACAGUACCUGAUAAUUCACCCAACUGCCGACGAAAAGGUUCACUUUCAGCACACCGCCAAAUUCAUCAACCAUCUAAUCAGCGAGAAAGCCAACUACACUCUACAGAUCUACCCAGACGAAGGACACUUUCUGAACAGUGACGGGACGCAGCAGCACCUGAGCCAGUCUCUGGUCAACUUCUUUGAGGAGUGUUUCCGGGUGCCGGAGGUGCUGACGGAGGACCAGCAGGAGGAGGAAGAAGACGACAGUUAAGCCUGAACCCUCUGAGCACCCACCACCCACCUUCACCCCAACCCCCAACUCACCCCCUCCCACCCAGACGAGCUACUCCAGCACAAUAUGCAACAUUUCUCUCUCUUGACCCGGUCGACCCUCAACCCCCUGUCCAAUUAGACUUUAGCUCGCAGACGCAAGACACAAGCAUGUGCAACCCUGGGGGGGGGGCUCUCCUCACCUGAGCUGGAAACCAGUCAGACAUUGAAAUAAAUCUCAGAUGUGGAAAAAAGAUUGGAAUAAAUGGACUAGUGCUCCCUCUAGUGGACAAACAGAGGAUCAACAUGAUGCCCAUGUUUUUUGACAUUGAUGUGUCUUCAAGUGAGCGCUUUGCAGCACAGAAUAUUCCCCUCAAUGAAAAUCCAUUUAUUAUGUUGAGAUUUAACUUUUGAGAGGCUGUCACUUUCUCAUAACCUUUUGCCAACUGACUUACUGAUUCUUGCGUUCAUGGGUAUGAUCACUGCUACUUGUUUCUCAGAAUCUCUGUUCAGUGUCUUACAGUAGUACCGUGGAUGUCUGGCUGCAUCGGUUUUUUAGUUGCUUCACAAAACGAGGGCACGUUUAACGUUAAAAAAAAAAGUCCAUACAAAAAUCUCCCUCACCCUGUACAUGUGGAUCGAACUCUUGUUUUAGUCACUGUGCCUUAAUGUGGGUGAAAUGUUCAUGAUAGGAGCCCACGCGAUGCAGAGAAUGAGUAAACAUGGGCAGGCCUUCAUCCAACCUGUGCGUCCUCUCGACAACUCGAACACAGAUGGAAUAUAGCUUGUUGGAAAAUGUCAAGUAUGACGCAUUUUUAUCUUAGAACAGGGAAAAAAAGUGAAUAUGAAAUAUUGUGUCUGCUUGAAAGAUGGAGUUAUACCGAAACUAUAUUUAGUUUGCAGAUCUUUACCUCCCAAACUUGCAUUCUGGUGAGGUAACUAUGCUGAACCUUCAUUAUUUUGUGAAUUUCUUUGACUUGUGUGUUAAAUGGCUUGACUCUCUCUCCUCCAUGUCUCUUCUGUCAGUAUUGUCAGUGGUUUCUAGUCAGCUGAUGUACAAAGUGUAUAAAUCUUAUAUUGUUUAAGUCUUCAUGUUGUAUGUGCAACUUGUAUAUAAAGCAUUUUGAAAUGUUUGCUGACAUCACUCUGGUGUUUCGACAGUUUAUCUUAAGAUCUUUUUGAGGAAACAAAAACGCAUGAACAUUUGCCAUUGACAAAAUUUAUUUCCAGUGUCUCAGGACCUCUCGCAGUCAGAGGAACACAGCAUUGGUACAAAUGGUCCAGCUCAAUCAAAUGCUUCCUCUCGCUCAACAGAGAAGUACCAAACCGCCCGCAACACCCACACAGGCCUCAUGAGUGUCAUCUCUCAAUACUGUACUUAAUCCUGCAAUCUGAUGGAAAUGUCAAGUAAAGCAGCUAGAACAUGGCAUUUAUAUGUACAUUUAAGUUACUUAUUUUACAAGGAAUUAUUUAAAAUUCAAGUUCUGUUAAAAUCAAAAAAUGAAAAAACAGGAGGAGAAAAAAAAAAAAGUACAAAACAUGUUAAGACCAGAGUGGAAUGCCUCAGGAAUGGAAGCUCGGCAUAUUGUUUCCUAACCUGUAGAAUGACAGUCGACAAUAAAAAUGUCAUUCACAGUAACAUCUUCGUGUUUGUCAACAAAGACAGUAUGGCACCCUUAACAUUUCAUUGUGAGGCACUUCCUAUUGUGAAGAUACAUUAUUUUCUUUUCUGAUUCAUUCACCCAGAUUCUUUUUCUUCCUCUUUGCAAUCUCCUGCCAGUCACCGGCAGAUGAGUGAGCCACAGACACUGGAACACAGCAGAACAUUUGCAUCAGAGGGACGUUGUUCACUGCUCCUAAAACCUCACGACCGGGGUGAAAAACAUCUGGCUCCAUUUGCAUAACUCCAGUGUCUCCUCGUGACCUUUGUACCUUUGGAAAGGCCCCUUUGACAGCAGAGAGCUUGUACGCAGUCCACACACAGGCUGUACCAAAAACAAUUCAAGUACACAGAAAAAUAGGGAUAUGUACACUUUAAGAAUGAAACACAAGCAUCUAAAGCUUUUAGUCAGUAUUACAGCAAGCAUGUCUGUACAUUCUUCAUUUGGUUACUGAGAGACUCACUGACUUUAAACAUCAUAACUUUCUUUACACAAAAAUAGCUCCUCUGCAAUACUAAAAAUCUGUUUUUCACUACUUCCUAUUCAUCCUAGAAGUCAGGUCAUCCUUAAAGCCACUUAGCUAAAACCUUUAAAACAAUCUUAACUCUGAGUGUUCACACUUACUCGCACAUGCUUCACAGGCUUGUCAUUACAAGAGCAACAGGUCCUCUCAAUCUUCAGCGUAACAGGGAUUUGAAUUAGGAGGGAGGGGGGUCCUCCUGCUGACCCAUCCCAAAGUCAUUUGUCAUUAAAAAAAAAAA